GCGGCUGCUGCGCGCACGCAGGCCGCCAACCGCCGUGCCGGGAGUCGCAGUCCUGACGUCCCCCGCUCCGCGCCAGUCCUUGCCUCCUCGCCGCGUGCGCUGCGCGCACCUGGGGUUUAUGUCUGCGGCGGUCACGCGUCGGGAGUUACCCUCGGAGCCGCUUCGAGAUUCAACUCCGUCACGGGGAUCUGGGAAGCGCUCCCCCCGAUGCCGACACCUCGUCAUGGCUGUUCAGCGGCGUCAAUGGUUGGCGUGAUCUACGUGGUCGGCGGAGCCAACGAGAGUGCGCUUCCCUUGGAUACAGUCGAGCGCUUCGAUCCUGCCCUUGGCAGCUGGGAAAGCUUGCCACCCAUGCCGACCCCCAGGCAUGGAGCUGCGUCGGCUACUGUCGCCGGCUUGCUCUAUUGCGUCGGAGGCUAUGACGGGGAGGGCGUUCUCAGCGCUGUGGAACGCUUUGACCCAGCUGCCCGGGGCUGGGAGCAGCUUCCAGCAAUGCCUUCGCCGCGAGGAGGCACGGACGACAGCUCCCGCGAGCUUACUGCAGCUGAAUGCUUGGAUCCAAGCACCUGGACUUGGGAGGUCUUGCCGCCGCUUCCCACCGCUCGCUGUGGCUGCGCCGCUGCAGCACUGGGUGGCAACCUCUAUGUGGUCGGCGGCCGCAGAGAUGGAGACAAGCUUGCUGCUGUCGAGCGCUUUGACCUCCGCCUUUGCCGCUGGGAUUCUGUCCUGUCGCUGCCGGGGCCCAGGGACGCUUGCGCCGCUGCAGCACUGGGGCCGCGGCUCUAUGUCUUUGGGGGCCGAGGUGUCGGAGUUGCUGGGAACCAGACGCUUGCUAGCGCAGAGAGCUUUGAUCCAUCAACGAACCAGUGGACCACUCUACCAUCGAUGCCACAUGCUACUUGCGGCUGCGCAGCCGCGGCAGCCGACCGCUAA